AUGGUGCCCGCCGGUGUGAUACGCGGGCAUCGCGCUGCUGGUUUCAAGCCCCAAGUUUAUCGAAUUGUGGAGCAUGCUCAGGAGAUAGUCCGGAGUACAAGCUUGCCAGUGGAUCCGCUCGGAGAGCCCUCCGCAGUGUCAAACGCUUUGCAUCGGAAUUGGGAAAGAACCGUGGCUGGGGCUGAGCUGGCACCGAGUACCGUAGGGUUCCGAGACUACAUUGUCGUAGAAUUCGGGCCAGUGCCGAAUUCGGCCAAAGUCACGUGGCAGAACCAGGGAUGA